UCAUUACAGUUUUAGAAAUCUUACAGUUCGGAAAUGCAUUCAAAAUUGAACGUGUCACUUCAAAAAGGACAUAAGAGAAAAAUGGCGAUUUUGGGAAAUCGCGUUUGAAGUUUUAAGUGUAAUUUUUUUCGUAUUUACGUUGGGAAUUCAGCCGGAAACGUUUUGUAUUCUAAAAAUUUCAUGUCUUCGCUACAAGAAAACACCUCGCUCAUCACACAAAAUAAAUUUCUCUUUUCUCCAGAGCAAUUUUAAAACUCAAAGUUAUAUGUCCUUUUUGAAGUGACUUUCUGUAUUUUUGACAUGUUCGCAUUAAUGACGUCAGAACUUCUGUGUAAAGAAGGUAAAUUUGAAAAUUUUUAUACGAAAAUGUUCGUUGUUUCAUCCUCUACAAUUUUCGUCAUGGUUAUUUUUUUCGAUACCCGCCCUGUGACGAAAAAAUCACACGCCAAAAAAUGACAAAAUUUUUUCUCAAAAAUUAAAAAAAAUAUCUACGGUGCCGAUGUGGUGAUGUCAAAAUGGUCGAACAUCGUGAUUUUUAGGGACUUCGUGGUUUUAAAACGUCAUGUCAUUACUCUACGAGAAAAUCAUUUUGGAAAGUGGGCGAGGUCUCAUUAUGUUGCCAAGGCUUCAGGGAACACGAAUCCGUUGUCGCACCAAAAAGGACAUAAGUGAACUUAUGUCCCUCUUGAAGUGACACGUUCAAUUGCAAUUUUUGUUGCACUUAUUCGUUGGAAAUUUAAUAUUAUUUCAUGGAAAUUUCAUUUCAGGUGCAUCUGGUUCCUUUGACGAAGAUCCUUCUGAUUUCCUCAAAUCCAUAAAACCUAUCGAAGAUAGAGCUCGUUUCAAGUUCCCAUCUACAUUGGAUGUAGAAGUACCAAAGUUUUACAUUAAAUCUAUCAGAACUGCCAUCGAAGCGACGGCUAAAUACGAUAAAUGCUACAAGCCUUUGACUUUUUUCAAGUCUGGUUAACCAGACUGCUAAAACACUCGAUGGGAAGGUCGUGAAUUCUUUGACUGUUGCUACCAUAACUGGAGGUAUAUUUGGGCAAUGAUGUUUACGAAUUGCAUAAGGGUCAGUUCUAUUGGCAGAAUAAAUUGUGUAAUGAAACUCACAAUUUGGAAGGACGAGCUUAUUAUUACAUUUUAAAAUAUGGUUCGUAUGAGAAAGCGAUACACUAUCCCGACGGUAUGGUCGUUGUUAAUUUUCCAGUUGCUACCCACGGUGACCUUCCUAAUCCGAAAUUCGAAUCGUUUUCUAAAUUAUUACGAACGAAAAUCAAACAAAAGGGAGAUUAUACCAAAGUUAAUUGCGGAUUCACUUUCUCGUGGUUUUUAAUAUUUCCAUAUGGAAGUAUUUACCAUGCCUAUAGAAAGGAAUUCUACGAUGAAGGUGCUGAGAAAACGUACAACGCUCUUAUUAUUGAUUUGCCAUUGGAUCAGCGUAUCAGUUACAUAUCAAAUGAACAGUUCAAAAAUUCGUUCGGGAAAAUUGAAGGUAUUUCAGAUUCAGAUGAAUCGUCGAACAAUGGUUUCCUUGGAGGUACUCCUGAAAUAUGGUCGGAAAGGCAUAAAGGAAUUUGUGUUGUGAAUUUGCCAGCUUAAUUAUCGAGUUAAUUCUCUUUUCAAAUUGGCAAAUCACCAGAAGAGUUUAACGGCGUUCUUUCGAUGAAUUAUUAUAAUUAAGUAUUAUUACUUGCUUUGUUAAUCAUUUCUAUUCGUUAUUGUUUUUGGUGCCAUUGCCACAAUUUUUCUUGAUGAUAAUCUUAAUUAUUAAUAAGUGGUAUAUUACCCAAAGAAGGUGGAAAAAGUGAUUCUUGACGAAGGGGGAGGGGGUUGUGACCAGAGCGAAGCGAGGGUAGAAGUAGCAAUAACUUCGAUCUGGAGUUGAGAAAAAAAUUUUUAAUCCAAGAAGUGAUAAGUUGUCUAUGUACCUAUUGUAUGUAUGUGUAUUGCAUUGCUACGUUCGUUGCUGUGCUAAGUUUUAAAAAAAAAUAAAAUAAUGUAUUUAUUUUUUCCAAGAAAAUGGAAUUUUUUGUCAGUCUUUUGUUUUUUUCAUUUGUAAGUUGUUUGUUCAUUUAUCAAGAGUUACAAUAUAGAAAUAAUGACCUCGGGCCUCGACUUUGUAAAAAUUUUCAUGUAAUGCCAUGCCAUUUUCCGGAUUGAUAUGA